UUCACGUUCUGACGUUCGGCUUCGGCUUCGAAGUUCGAACAGUGGACCGUUGUCGAAGGAUGUGUCUCCUUUGUUUAUUUGUUAUAAAAUGUAGAACUGUGCAAGUUUAUUUUUAUCUAUGAAAUUUGUGGGCUAGUGUUGUGUGAUUUUUCUAAACUACAGGAAUGGAACACUUGAUUAGUUUAUUCAACCCGAGUCUUGAAGAUUUGGAUGAGGAAACUGUAACUGGGACGGAACAAAAACAGCAAGAAUAUAGUGAUGUAUCGACCCAAACGCACACUGGUCCGGCCGUUUGUGACAACUCCCUCGAUAGCGGUCAGAGCUGCUUACCUCCCGAGCCACAAGCGGGAAACAUAGAAUACAAAUUAAAGAUUAUUAAUCCUUCUCGGCAGAGAUUUGAACAUUUAGUUACGCAAAUGAAAUGGCGACUUCGAGAAGGCCAAGGAGAGGCGUUUUACGAGAUUGGUGUUGAGGACAAUGGCGUUCUUGCAGGUUUAGACCUGUACGAGUUAGAGCUUAGCAUUCAAACGUUAAGGCAGAUGGCCGAUAGAUUGGGUGCUUCAACACAAAUCUUGCGAGAAAGGCGUUUGGAAAAUGGACGAUUCGUUACUGAAGUGUUAAUUAGAAAGGUUCCGGAACAUCAAGACGCUAUCGAAAUUUGUGUGGCAGUUCUAGGUAAUAUUGAUGUAGGGAAAUCGACUUUAAUAGCGGUGUUGACACACGGGAUCAUGGAUAAUGGACGUGGGCGGGCAAGACUACAUGUAUUUCGUCAUUUGCAUGAAAUAUUGACUGGACGUACCUCAUCAAUAUCUCACGAGAUUCUAGGUUAUAAUAACCAAGGAUGCCCAGUCCUUAAUGAUUAUAACCGAUUGACCGCUGAAGAAAUUUGCGAGUUAUCUACUAAGUUGGUUUGUUUUCUGGAUUUGGCUGGCCAUCGAAAAUACAUUCACACCACAAUUAAAGGCUUGUUAGGUUACUCUCCUCAUCAUGUAAUGCUUGUGAUAUCCAGCACAUCAGGGGCAGUGGAAAUGACAUUGGAGCAUCUUACUAUUGCCAUUGCGCUAAAAGUGCCCUUUUUCAUAGUUAUAACUAAAAUCGAUAUCCUUCACCCUAGUCAAGCGUUAACGAAUUUGGAAACUAUUCUUAAGCAAGCUGGAUGCAGACGGAUUCCAAUAAUUGUUAACGAUUAUGAUGACGUCAUCACGGCAGGAACAAACCAGCUGAAAGAAAAUACGGUACCGAUAUUUUGUGUUUCUACUGUUACCGGGCAAGGUCUUGAUCUAUUAGUUAAGUUUCUGUACGUAUUGCCACCGGGUAUUAAUUCGAAGGAAUUGGAACGACUACAGCAAAAAUUACCAGAGUUUCAAAUUGAUGAAAUUUUUCGGGCCGGCGAUUUGGACCAGGUUCUGUGCGGAUUAUUGUCGGCAGGGGUUCUCGUGGAAGGUUCUCCGGUUCAAAUAGGUCCACAUGCCGAUGGUUCCUUCACAAAGGCCAAAGUGAAAUCAAUUCAUCGCAAUCGUGUACCAUGCCGUAUGGUUCGUGCUGGUCAAAGUGCAUCAAUCUGUUUAGAUAUUCCGGUAGAUAAUUUGCGUGCUGGGAUGUUUUUAUUGAGUCCUGUAGAAAAAGCACGAGGGUCACUCUACUUCCAAGCAAAAGUGACUGUUUUAUUUCACGCUACGGGUAUUUCUGAAGGGUUUCAGGUUACCGUUCACAUAGGACACAUUAGACAAACAGCUAUUAUUACUGGAAUCUUUGCAUCAAAGUGCUUACACACGGAUGACAUCGAUUCAGUCAUGUUUAAGUUCCAAUGCCAUCCCGAGUUUGUAUGCAAAGGCCAACGCAUUCUCUUUAGAGAUGGCAGUUCAAAAGGCAUAGGCGAAAUUACGCAAGUUUUCCCAUUCAACGGUUAAUUUAUUUUAAUCCUUUCGCUUUUUUUAUUUGUUAUACAGAUGAUCUGUUUUAUGUUUUUGUUCGAAAUUUAGGUUUUAUUUGGUUUUACAUUGUUUAUUAUGUGGUAUUUUUAUUUGAAUGACAGCAAUUUGAAAUCUGGUACAUUUUUUUAGUAUAUUAAAAACCUUGCAAUCAAUUUUUAAUAUAGGUAUUAAUGAUGUGUUCUGUCAUAAUAGUAUUAGGUCGUUUUAAGGUAUUUCAAUGCUUUGGAAAUUACAGUAGUAAAAAUAUGUGCCAGAUUUAAAAUUGUUCGGACGGUCUGUAUGUAAUGAUGAACUGGCUAGGUCUAUGACCAGCACAAGGUUAAUAUUUUUGCCUGUUUUUAAAGUACAACUGAUGACCCAAAAAAUUCAGUUGUAAAAGCACUUUGAAAAAUACGAUUUUUUUAUGAGCACCGUGUAUAUAGCAGUAACUUGAAUUACAAUUUUACAUUUAGAAAACACGAUCUUUUAAGUUUUCAAAACUGUAAAAAUGUAAAACUUUUAAAACAAAUUAAUUUUGUAUGUCUGCUUUCCUGUUACUAUUUAACCAAAAUAAAUUUUCGCAUAGAAUUAAACAAAUAUUUGCUUUUAAAUUACAUAUCAAACAUACAAAAAAACGAUAUGGGAAGAGUACCUUACAUAUUCUACAAAGUUCUUUAAUUAAUACACAAUUUUCAAGUUUUGCAGUUUUAUGAAUGUGAUGAUUACCAAAUCAAUUUAAUAUUUUAUAGUGAGAUCAAACAAUAUUUGUUAUUUUGUUUGUUAAUAUUCCAAGGGUACAGUAAUAACAUGAUUCGGAAGGUGGAAUACAAUUUUACAUAAUAUUUCUGUGUACAGUGUAAUAAAGUUCUUGCAAUAAGUAUUUUUGUAGUAGUUUUAAGUAAAAACUAUUUUUUAUUUACGUGUUUUCUAUAUGACACUACUUUUAGUAGCAAUGUGAUUCAUUACACUAUCGAGAUGUGAUCAGUAUUAAUAAGGAUCUUUGUGAAAAAUGAGUAACAUAAGUUCUUUCUCACGACUCACUAACAGAUUUUAACAUAUUGGAGAAGAUGAACAGAACAAAGCUAAUAUUCUAGUGAAGAAUUGUUGGUGAAUUUAUAUUUAUAAUGUUUUAUACGAUUGUAAAUUAUUGCUACAACUUAUAACUGAUCUCGAAAUAAAGAAAUUACAAUUUCA